AUGGACGAUUACAAUUCUGAUUUUGAGGAGAAACAAGAUGGUACUGGCUCCGGGGUGGAACUUUCUAACGGCGCAGCCCAAGACGAGGCGGCUCACCAGACCCCGUACGCGUCUUCCUUCGUCCUCCCUUUAACUGCGUUAGAUCCGUCGAUACUGCAUCCGAUAAGCCUUGCAUUUCUAUAUGAGUAUAGGGAACCCACCUUUGGCAUUUUGUAUUCACAGGUUUCAACAUCAAAUGCACUUCUUUCUGAGAGAAAAGAUGUUGUCUUCUACACCGUGUUUACGCUAGACCUGGAACAACGAGCUUCCACUACACUUCUCUCGGUGUCCAAACUGCCUAGUGAUUUGUUCAAAGUGGUGGCCCUUCCGCCCCCUGUUGGAGGUGCUUUACUUAUCGGCUCCAACGAACUCGUCCAUGUCGACCAGGCCGGGAAGACCAAUGCAGUGGGGGUGAACGAAUUUUCAAAGCAGAGUUCAGCUUUUGCUAUGACCGAUCAAUCGGAUUUGGCUAUUCGGCUUGAAGGCUGCGUUGUUGAACGCCUUGAUGAAAGCAAUGGUGAUCUGGUGCUGGCUCUUUCUGUCGGAACGAUGGCACUUGUCAAAUUCAAGCUUGAUGGAAGGUCGGUGUCUGGCAUCUCGGUCCACCUCGUACCUGCACAUGCUGGUGGCGACAUAAUGAAAUCUGCUGCUUCAUCGGCAUCUUUUCUUGGCAACAGGAGAAUCUUUUUGGGCAGUGAGGAUACGGAUUCGGUAUUACUUAGCUGGAAUUAUUCGUCUUCGGGUAUGAAGAGGACGCGAUCCGAGGCUAGGUAUCUCGAUGAGAGUUCAGGAGACUUGUCAGAGGAAGACCAACUUGACGAUGAUGCGCUGGAAGAUGAUCUUUAUUCGACCACACAGGAUGCAACGACGGACGGUCGCCUCUCUUCUGCUGAAGCGUAUAUGUUUGGACACUGCAAUUUCCAAAUCCACGACAAGCUUUUGAAUAUCGGGCCCCUCCGUGAUAUCACCUUGGGUCAGUCUCAUUUACAUAGCAAGGAGGGAAAUGAACAAGGUGCAGGCGGCCCUCCGUCCACACUGCAGCUCGUAUCGUCGCAGGGGUCAGACAGGAGUGGUGGAGUGGUAGUGAUGAAGCGUGAGAUUGAACCUUUGGCUCUCGUAUCCCAAAAGAUUGAUUCCGCCGCUGGGGUCUGGACUGCCUCUGUAAUCAACAGAGCGACUGAAUCGGAUACAAGCGGACAAGCGCAAGAGCCGAACUGGCGACACUAUGCUAUCUUUCCCAAACGGACCGUGGCUGAGAAAGAGGAAUCAGUCAUUUUCCAGGUAGAGGGGCAGGAACUUAAGCCUUUCAAAGCGCCUGAAUUCAAUCCUAAUGGUGACUUUACCGUGAAAAUCGAGACGCUAAGGAGCAAUAAUUGCGUGGUUCAAGUCCUCCAAAACGAAGUUCGGAGCUAUGACGCUGAACUGGGCUUGGCUCAGAUUUACCCUGUGUGGGAUGAGGAAACCAGUGAAGAGCGCAUAGCUGUGAGCGCUAGUCUCGUGGGUACUUAUCUUGCGAUUCUUCGAGAUGACUCUACGUUAUUACUUCUCCAGGCAGAUGAUAGUGGAGACCUCGACGAGGUUUCACUGGAUGGAGACCUGGCACGUUUGAGUUCGAAAUGGCUGUCCUGCUGUCUGUACUGUGAUAAAAACGGUGUCUUCGAGGUGGCUCGCCCAACCCCAGAUGGGCUACCUCAAGAUGAGGUCUUCUUGUUUCUGCUCAGUUUGGAUUGUCGAUUAUUCAUCUACCGACUCUCCGACCAGACUUUAGUGUCGAUCAUAGAAGGCGUCGAUUGUUUAGGUCCAAUUCUGUCGGCUGAGCCACCGAAGCGGUCGACAACGCGGGAGCUCCUGUCUGAGAUUGUUGUUGCAGACCUUGGUGAUGACUGGUGCACUAGUCCUUACUUACUCAUUCGAACCGUGAAUAACGACAUUUCGGUGUACAAACCCUUUGUAGCUGCAGCUGAUACUGGGGAAACGCUCUCUAGUUUAAGGUUUUUGAAAGAAACAAACCAUGUUCCACCGAAAGCUUCUUCUACCGUUGACCCGGCUGAAUUAGGCGAUUCGCAGAAGACACCGCUACGAAUACUCCCCAACGUCUCGGGCUUCAGCGCUGUAUUCGUGCCUGGAUCCUCAACCGGCCUUAUACUCAAAACAUCGAAAAGUCGACCGCAUUUCACACCUCUAGGAGGGGACUCAACAUGGUCUUUAAGCAGCUUCAAUCAUGAUGGAGGCGCCAGUACAGGCUUUAUCACGUUGGACUCGAAGAAUAUUGCGCGAUUGUGCCAAUUGCCCAGUGAUACAAUCUUCGAUCACCCUUGGACAUUACAGAAGGUAUCCAUCGGCGAGCAGGUUGAUCAUUUAACGUACUCUGUCUCGUCUGGGACGUACGUUUUAGGAAGCUGCCAUAAGACGAGUUUCAAGCUGCCCGAAGAUGACGAGCUGCACCCUGAAUGGCGCAACGAAGUGAUAUCUUUGCUUCCCGAAGUGCAUCAGAGCUCGCUAAGGCUCCUAUGCCCUAGGACGUGGUCCAUCAUCGACAGCUACACUUUAGGCCCGGCCGAGCACGUUACCGCGAUCAAAAACUUGAGUUUGGAGGUAUCCGAAAAUACGCAUGAGCGGAAGGAUAUGGUUGUGGUUGGAACUGCAUUUGCGCGGGGCGAGGACAUCGCAUCCCGUGGCUGCAUCUAUGUCUUUGAGGUGAUCAAAGUGGUUCCCGAUCCGGAAAAGCCAGAAAACGACCGGAAGUUGAAACUCAUCGGCAAGGAGUUGGUCAAGGGCGCAGUAACUGCGCUAUCGGAGAUCGGUGGCCAGGGGUUCUUGGUCGUCGCUCAGGGACAGAAGUGCAUGGUCCGGGGUCUCAAGGAGGAUGGCAGCCUCCUGCCCGUGGCUUUCAUGGAUGUGCAAUGCUACGUCAGCGUCGUCAAAGAACUCAAGGGCACUGGAAUGUGUAUAAUCGGAGAUGCCGUGAAGGGGCUUUGGUUUGCAGGAUACUCGGUAAGUGCUCUCUCACUUCAUGUCAUUGAUGGGACCGAAGGAGUCGUCGCUAAUGUCGUAAUCGCUUGUUCCCCAUAUAGGAAGAGCCGUAUAAAAUGA